ACCGUUGUUUCAAUUAUUGGGUACAAGAUUAACGUUCGAUUUUGUGCAAAAGAAAAGAAAAAUGGGGUGGCGGCUGCCGUUUAAUGGGCAUAAGGAGGUGGGUUUGAAGAGAGGGCCGUGGACGGCUGAGGAAGACCAAAUACUAAUGGCUUACAUUCAACAGCAUGGCCAUGGUAACUGGCGUGCCUUGCCUGAGAAAGCUGGACUUAAACGAUGUGGAAAGAGCUGUCGAUUGAGGUGGAUUAAUUACCUAAGGCCUGAUAUCAAAAGAGGAAAGUUUAGCUUACAAGAAGAACACACCAUUAUUCAACUCCAUGCCCUUCUUGGAAACAGGUGGUCAGCAAUGGCAGCUCACUUGCCAAAAAGAACAGACAAUGAGAUCAAGAACUAUUGGAAUACACAUCUCAAGAAAAGGCUGAUAAAGCUUGGCGUUGAUCCCAUGACUCACAAGCCUCGUACAGAUGCCUCAAGCUUCCCAUCUGGUUCAAACUUAACCCACAUGGCUCAGUGGGAAAGUGCUCGGCUGGAGGCUGAAGCUAGGUUGGUCCGUGACUCCAAACAGGUCAUCCCAAACCCCAUCCACCCAAAGAACCACCUUACCCUCAAUCAUAUUCAGCUCAGGCCCAGGUGCCUUGACGUACUCAAAGCAUGGCAAGGCGUAGUUGCAGGCAUGUUUGCCUUCCCCACCCAAGACCUUGGCUCCCCAACUUCAACGCUUAGGUUCCCUGCCAUUGGACUGAAUGCCACUAGCUACACAGAUGGUGAAAUGGGGUUUGAUGAUAGUUUGAAAUGCAUUGAAAACUCGAACCAAAUGAAAGAAAUUGAGGAAACAAUAACGGAUGGCUGCAUUGAUGAAUGGUUUGAGGACUCAUUUAGGGUAGGAAAUUAUGAAAAUGUACCCAUGGCUGUCGGCAGUAGUAAUUGCUGCGACAGUGUAUUCGAUUUGGUGAAUUCUUCACCAUAUGGCUUGUCUAUGUUAUAUGAUCAUAAUGUCAUGAAAUGAAGUUCAACUUUAAUGCAAGUUAAGAAAACAUUAUUAAAAAGAAAAGUUUAA